CAGUUGAGCGGUGGAGAGAAGACCCUUACGGCAACAGCGCUGCUUUUUGCCAUUUACCUGAUCAAGCCGGCGCCAUUCUGUAUACUGGAUGAGGUUGAUGCGCCGCUGGAUGAUGCCAACGUAGGCAAGUUUACCAAGAUGAUCAAACAGUUCAGCCAGGAAUCACAGUUCAUCAUUGUAACGCAUAAUAAAACAACAAUGUCAACCGUGGAUAUCAUCUAUGGUGUGACCAUGCAGGAAGCUGGUGUGAGUAAACUGGUUGCGGUGGACUUCAGGAAUUUGAAAGAGCAGGCAGUGGCGAGCUAA